ACGACGACGGGGUGGGAGACGAAGUUUCGCGGACGUGGUCGAGGACGAGGCGAGUGUACGAGUGUACGAGGAAUGAAGCGACUGCGAGAGUAGCGCGACGUAGGACAGAUCCUUUUUCCUCCGACUAGCGAGACUAGCAGGAGGAGGAAUAUGACGGCGGGAGAGGAGGAUGAGGCGCGGUAGAGAGAGAGAUGGAGGGGUUGGAGGUGGAGGAGGCGAGUGAGGAGGAUAUACUGUGCGCCCCUACUUCUCUAGGGGUUCCAUUGUAAUAUUUAUUGAUUGGAUUCCUAGGAGCCCAGGCUGUGAGGGCUGUGGCACCUAUGCUUGGACUAGAUUGCGUACGAACGCUCGCGACUUUCCUCGCCGCCACUCUUUUUCCAUCGCGCUUUUCCCUCCGUCUCUUUUAUAUCUGCACUUUUUUUCCUCUCUUUUCCCGCGCGUUACCUAUCGACCUUCUCUCCUCUACAUCUCUCUCUCUCUCUCUCUCUCUCUCUCUCUCUCCCCGUGAUCCUGCACGUGGUCGCAGAUUUGCGUAAAUGCCUGCAGCGCAUUCCGAGCGGCAUAUAUCCUCGCGCGAUUGCGAGGACAAAAAAUCGCAAGGGGCGACUGUUACAGUAAUUCAUUACAGCACGCGUUGGAAAAUUUCGAGCCUAAAUGAGGCAAUCGUCGAGGAGGAGGCAAAUUGCAUAAGUCGCGAAAAUCUUAUUUCGAGAGAAACUGAAUGAUUCGGGAAGAAUAGCAGUUUCAAUCAAUAAAAGUAUUAAUUCUUCACUGUGAAUUACAUAAUUUAUGACAACUGCUAUGUUUAAAUUAAAUCGUGUUAACGAUUAGCCGUCGUAUCUCAAAGCAACGUACGAGAACACACUCGCGAGAGUUACAACUCCAAGUUUGGCUACAUCUAUAUGUACGUUUUCGCAACAAAAUAUUUAUACGCAGAUUUGACCAAAACGAGUUUCACGGGAAGAAUUUAACUUGUCCUCGUUUCGCCCUACGAGCUAUUUCGGCGCGUAGACCGAUGCAAAAAUCGUCGACCCGUUUAAUAAGAUUCGAUUUUAGCGGGCGAACAUCAAAUCGCAUAUAUUAGGAACGGCAGACUCUCCAGGGUCGUAACAUUAUCCCCGACGACGUGGUACGAGAAACGAAGCGUAUGCAGAGGACGUGGCAGAAACGGCGGGACUUACUUUCACUAGCCUUCCGUAUACGCAUUCGACGGUUUCGCAUGUAUACAUAGAACGACUAGUCCGAUCACGUGAUGCUGCGCCUCGCUUGCAGACUCGCGUCUGUACCAACGAGAAGCAGCAGGUGUCCAAAAGCAGAGAGUCGACGAGUGGAACGUGUCGCUGGUCUCGGAAGAACAGGACUGAUGUUACUAGAAAGUCAAGGAAAAUAUUACCCAACGAUUUCGGGAAGGACGCGUGUAUCGGCCAGACACCGAGCGUGUAGAACGUGUAGAGCGUCUAGCGGCGCGGCCGGCCGGCCGAUUGUCGAGAGGCAAGAGGGAGAUCAGCAGCAGCAGCAGCAGCAGCGGAGAGAGCAGCAGCAACGGCAGCAACGACGACGGCGACGGUAUAGGGGCAAUCGAGGGCAACGCACCCGGUCAGCCUUGGCAUGAAUUGAAUCUAGCAAUGCGAAACACCGGACGCUGCAAUCGCGCAGCGAGUGAUGAGUGGUAGGAGGACGGGAGAGGGAGAGGCGGAGGCGGAAGGAGAGAGAGAGAGAGAGAGGGGGGGGAAGGAGGGAGGGCUAGUUUUCACCGGUUCCGGACAAGCUCUGAGGUCUUCGAGUCUUCGAAACCGAGCGGACGAUUUUUUUGAAGAACAGAUCGCUUUCUCUCACGCUGCGCCCGCGUGCACUUAUGUACGCAAUCGCAGCAGAAACGCCAUUUAAUAUGCAUAUAGCCCGCGCUCGAAACGGAGUUUCGUCCUCGCGAUUGCAAGAUGCGAUCGGCGCUUGGUCGAAACCAAUAUGGAUAAAUAGUGUGACUCACGGGGAAAGUAUGUAGCACGUAUAAUAUUACUUUUCUUCUCUUUUUAAGUCGUUCGGGUUAUCGCGUGAUGGGACUCGAUGCCGUGGCUAAGAAAUUUUGUGGUGUCUGCUUUGGAUAAAAAUAAAUGGCCAUGUGCAACGCGCUUAAUCGUGUCUAAGAAUGAAUUUGAUCGCUCUCGAGUGUGACUGCCUCGUUGCAUUCGAAAUCACUUUCGAUGUCAAGGCGUGGCAUCCGAAUCACGUCUGCCACCUUCGCGUUAUAUUAGACAAAAAAUAUUUUUUCUACUUAAUUUCUUGUAGAGAAAAUGUUAACGUUACAUUAUUGACAUAUAGCAACGCACAUUGCUCCAUAUGUAUACUAUUAUAAUAUAUAAUAUUAUAGUACGAUAUAUAAUUUUAUAUGUAUACUAUGUAUAUAGUAUACAGCAAUAAUAUAGUACAUAGUAUAAUGGCAUAUAGUACUAUAUUACAGUAUAUUAUAUAAUUUAAUAUUAAUUGUUAAAUAGCAAUAGUACAAAUAAUAAUAGUAAUUUUAAUUAUUUAUAGUAAUAAUAUUAAAUUAUAGUAACAAAUAUAAUUUAUAAUUAUACUAUCGUUAAUAUACGCUAUUUAAUAUACAUAUAAUGUGCAAUAAUAGUUUAUUAACAUUAAAUAUCGCAAAAACGUGUACAUAUCUUAAAAAUAUACGUCAAAUUCGAAAUAUUAAGUUCAUUAUGAGAAAAUGAAAUGAUUUACUUCGUACAAAGCAAAUAUGUAACAAUAGAACUGUUUUCUUCAUUAAAAAUAUGCUUCACGCAACAUUGAACGUACAAAAAUAUUUCACAAUAAAAAUAAAAAGUUCAGAACUCAUAGAUUGUAAUAAUCUGGAUUUUCGAAGAACGACUUUUAAUGCGGAAGAAAAAGAUAAAACGUUUGCGAUGUUCAAUUAGAAUGAAUUAUUUUUCAAUAUCUAACGUUUUAUCGCGUCUCUCUUUAACGCGUAUCUGAAAAUAUCAGAACUAAACCAACCGGCGAGUCGAAGCUAAGUAUCGGCACAAGUUGCAGAGUAAACUGACUAUGCGUAAACAAUGACACACUUUCUCGACAGCACUCUGUCGCUAUCGCUACGUCCGUUCGCGUUGCACAUGUAGUACAUAGCGAUUAUUGAAAUCCAAAGCCCGUAUUCAGAACGCAUGGAACAAAAGACCUUUUCUUUUUAGUAGCUGCUCUUUCCUUUUGCUCAUCAAACGAAAUGAGCACAUAUUUGUACCAUGAAAUAAAAAGCAGAUAAAAUAAGAGAUGUACGAAAAGCGCAACUAAAAUGUACUGCUAACAAGGCCAAUGAUCUCGAGAAAUAUUUUAGCGUGUGAAAUAUCUUUCACAUGUGUAUAAUUUUAUUUCAUCAUUUCAACUAGUUUUUCGAUUAAAAAAGAAAAAACAGAUAAAGAAAAAUGGCGUCAAAAUUGCGUCAAAAGAAAAAUUGCUCUUUUUUUUUUACUUGUAAAACUCCUCAAAUCCGAUCCGUAAAAAUCUACGUUGCGAAAAAGCAUAUUCGCGAGCGAGGAAAGCGAGGAGGCGAAGGAAAGUCGAGUGCAGUACGUAUAUUUGUGUGCGACGAGAGGUGCAACCGAUGGUACGAAAGAGCCAGGGCUCUAGGGGAGAACGGCGGGGCGGGAAAGUGUGAUUUAGAGGAUGAUGGAGGGGAGGGACAAGUUCCACAGUGUACGCAUGCAACGCGUAUGCAUUAGCGGAUACAAGUGGGGGGCUAGAGCAAGCGUGGCGGGGGUAGCGCGCCGUUUUUGAAAAAAGCGCAAGGCUUUAAGAAGGCGCGCGGUACCCCCCACCACCGAGUACUACGCGAGCAACUAGCGACCGACAUAGACAAGCACCGCGCUUGCUCUAUUACCGGAAAAUAGUGCGGGUGCGACAUUGGGAGUCCGCCGAUCGUCGCGUGAAAAUUCCUGCGUUCUCGCAACUCGGACAGGAGUGAGGCGUGACAUUCUCCUACGGUUUUUUUUUUAAGUUUUACCGAGAGCACGCGAACUAAAAUCUAAAAUGAGUGAUUUCAAAUAUCAGAGUUCUUUUUUUUUCUAAAGAAAACAGUUGUAUUCGAGAUAUAAAACGUAAAGAUAUGAAUAUGUACAAAAAGUGCAGGUUUUUCUUUGCAUUUGUUACUGACAUACUUGCUUCUGGUGCAUUACGAGAGUGAAAGAGGCGCAUUCGUAGAGAAAGCAUCUUAUAUAAUUUCCACGUACAUUACAAAUCGUGUCUCUUUUGCAUAUUAAGAUACAAGUUCUUGACUCUUUUUUUCUCUUUUCUUUCUAUUUCAUGUAUCUUUUUUGAAAUACUAAUAUUUCAUUGCUUGUGUCCUUCGGUUAUUGAUUGCGCAGGCAAAGUAAUAGAAAUGGGACCAGGUAGUGCUAUAAAAUUUUGUGGUAUAUGCAUCGAUAAUCCAAAUCGAUGAGCUUCAGUGAUGGUGAAACAAUGAUAAAACUAAAAUUUAGUGUAGUAAAAAAAUUAAAAUAAGUAACGAUAAAAAUGAAAAUAGUGCCGUCAAUUUGUGAUAAUAUAUGUGAAUAAAUAUUGAUAGAAUAUGUGUAUGUGUAGAUUCGCCAAGUGUGCAACCAAUUUUGGUUGCGCGAAAAAACUGCAGCUUGAAAAUCGGAUAUUUCCAAGUGAGAGUUUAUUCUAAAAUAGUACAAAAUAUUCUCUUGUUCUCUCUCUUUUCUUAAAAUAGAAACGAAGAAAAACAAUUUAGAAUAAUACAAAUGGUAUGGAUAUUCGAUAGAUGUACUACUUUGUCGCAUAACAUGUAUUCACAUUAGUGAGAUUUACUUUUCUACUUUUACCGAAGGACCGUUUGCCCUGAAUUAUUCUGAAUCGUUUAUUCGCUGCGCAGCUCCACUACUGAUCGUUCUCAAGUGCAUUUAAUUCCGUAGGGACACGUGUGAUCAAUGAAAGUUAACGCUGCUCAAAUACUGCUUUGCUCCGCCUCGGUCUCGAUUCGCAUGAUAAAUGUUCUCUUCUACAAAAACUGUUAGCCGCGAGUGUUCGCGUUUUUGUUCGAAUUUAAUUCUUUUUCCAUAGAUAUAUUCGGAUUCAUUACAGAUAUUCGUGUAAGAUGAUACGUUUGUGAUCAAUUAAACACCGAAAGAAUAGCAUUUGGUAUUCGUGCGACUAUAUAAAAAUUAAAUGUUAAAAUAAUUAUUAGGUUAGAGAUUCUAUUUCUACUACUGCUAUAAUAUUAGUCAUGAUAUCACCAGUGUUACAUUGACAUAAAGAUACUAUAUAUUAAUUAUACCACAUAUAUGUUAUAAUUAUUUUCAGUGCCAACUGUACUUCAAUUGUGGUAAUUUUACUGUAUUAUUUUAUCAUUAUAGCAAUAAUAAUUGUAAAAAUGGA